GACUGAAGCAGUUCCGUCACGGACAGGAAGUAAGCGGGAUCGGUGUUGGUCAGCUGACGAACCACUUGCUGCACGUUCCUCCGCAACAUUUCUCUGUAGGACAGCAGGAAUUAUGUCAAAUGUGUAUAAUUGAAGACUGGCCUCGGAAUGGCCAAUAGCAGCCAGCAUCAUUUCACUACUCCCGCCGUUCUGUCUUGGAACGAAAUUCCCAACAACAUUACCGAAGACGACAAUACCAAAGUUCUGAAGGCCGUGGAGGCUCUCAUGUACAUCAUGUACAUCACCAUAUCGGUGGCCGCCAUCGGUGGCAACGGCGUGGUCUGUUACAUAGUUCUGGCCUAUCAGCGGAUGCGCACCGUCACCAAUUUCUUCAUCGUCAACUUGGCCGUGGGAGACAUCCUGAUGGCCUGCUUAUGUAUUCCCUUUGGCUUCGUGUCCAAUCUGUUGCUACAGUAUUGGCCUUUCGGAGCCAUCAUGUGCGUGUUGGUUUCUUACGCUCAAGCCGCUUCCGUCUUCGUCAGCGCCUACACACUCAUAGCCAUCAGCGUAGAUCGAUACAUAGCCAUCCUGUAUCCCCUUCGACCACGGAUGACCAAAUUCCAGUCCAAAUUAAUUAUCGUUCUGGUGUGGAUCGUGGCUUUGUUGACGCCCUUGCCCACCGCCGUCGUGUCCAGAUUGAGGCAACCCGUACAGUGGAGACGAUUUAACAUCACGGAUCGCUACAUCUGCAUGGAAGAUUGGGAAACAGACCAUCAGCGCUACUACUACAGCAUGGCUCUGAUGAUCUUGCAGUACUUCUUCCCUCUGACGGUGCUCAUUUACACGUACACGAGGAUAGCCAUUGUGGUUUGGGGUAAACGGACUCCAGGAGAAGCGGAGGAUGUCAGAGACCAGAGAUUGGCUGCGUCCAAAAGAAAGAUGGUAAAGAUGAUGAUAACUGUGGUUUCUGUGUUCAUGUUCUCUUGGUUACCCCUGAACAUCUUAAUCGUGGCGGGUGACCAGAAUGAUGCCAUUUGGGAAUACAGCCACAUUAUUUAUAUCUGGUUCGUCUGUCAUUGGUUGGCCAUGAGCCACGCCACUUAUAAUCCAUUGAUAUAUUGUUGGAUGAACUCGAAAUUCAGGGAAGCAUUCAAACAGGUGGCUCGCACCGUCGGCUUUGGAAACUGUUGCAAAACUUCCUCUAGCGAAACCCGAUUGGGACGUUACAAUACUUAUACCAGUUACUUCGCCGCAGCCAAUUGGAGUCUUCGAUUAUCGUCCUUCCAGAGAGCUUCUAGUCAGCGUAAUUCGCCAGCUAAAAACAGGAGCACGGAGAGCAAGAAAAGUUGUCACGUAGUAUGGAGAACGGGUUACAACGGUGUUCGCAAUCAAGUGACCACGCCUAAAGAUUCGCAUGUCUAAUCUGUAUAUAUACAUAUAUACAUAUAUAUAUAUACCUCUUUGGUAAAUAAUUUCUG